AUGGUUGGUGUAGAUUCUAAUCAAGGUCCAUUGGAUCCUGUUUUCGGCCAACACAGUGCUUUUGCAUUAAAUGACGAGGGUGUUUCACCAAAUGUGAUCAGAUACCUUCUGGAUGUCAGGAAUGAAGCUCUAAGCAAUUCACCUCUGUAUAGUACUUCUAGAACCGAACAGAAUAGCCACAAUGUAGUGGAAACAGGUCUUGUGGCGGAUACCAGUGAUCUACUGAAUGCUAGAAGUAUAUUAGAAGAUUCCGAAGCUAUUAAUGAAUGGAUUAAUGAAAUUAGAAAAGAAAUGGAACCACUGGAAGAAUCGCCAUCGGAUUCUAUAUAUACAGAUGAUAUGUUAGAUCUAUUGGUCUCUGAAAUCAAGAAAUACUUGGAUCAACACCCCGAAGAAAUAAAUGACCCAGUGAGAAGAGUUACUAGGUCAGUCCUACCAAUCGCUAACCCAGAAUACGAUAUCAGUACGGAAACUGUUCAAUCGAUGGUUGCGAAGCUAAGGAAUAAAAGAUUCAGUGACGUUUCCUUUUUAAAAAGGUACAUAAACAGACCAAUGCCCAUCCCUACCAACUUCCGCCAAUGGUUUGGCCAUAUAAAACAUAACGAACCGACAAGGCAAUUCAUGCUUCGAUUGGAAUUCGAUGAUUUGAUGAAGAUAUUGGGAUUUAUGAUUCAAUGGAUCAAUUCCAUCACUAAGAACAAGCCGGAUUCAAAACAACUACAACAGUGGCUACUUUACAUAUGGAUUUUCAUGCCAAAUGAACUACUUUCCCCACAGAUUUCCCAACUCAGAGACUUGGGGAGGAAAUGCCAGCUAAGUCUCAUUGCAGCAUCAAACAGCAAAAUUACCAGUUUGACUAUGCCAACAGAAAUACGGGAUAUCCCGUUCCCGAAUCAGAGAGAUCAGUUGAACGCCAUAGAAAUAACUUUGGCAGUAAUUGCGCAUAGAUUUGGACAACGAGAUCUAUUAAGAACUGCCUAA